AUGGGGCUAUUUCCCGACGAACAGUCUCGAAUCUCAAAGGCCAAGAAACCCGCAGAUAGCAAUCCUGUGCAGUUGCCAGCAUAUACAAUAUCGGAACCACAGGUUAAUAGAUGGUAUGCUCUGAGGACUGCCAGGCAAGAUUAUCUUCUUCACUUUAACAAGCCCGCCGUUAAGAAGGAGGCAAAAGCCAAGGUUGCAAAAGAACCCGAGGAAAAGAAGGAUGAUGUGGAUUACAUAAAGAUGAUGAUCGACGAAAAUCCCACGUGUACUAGUGUCACCAGUGUCGCCAAAAAGCAACCCGCUGAAAAUGACGCGACGAAUACGGAGCACAAGCAGUAA